CAGAACAGAACAUGGCAGCUGGGGGCGGGGACAGAGCGGCGAUCAUGUGACCUGCGGUUUACUGUUAUUAUUUGUCAUGUACAGAAGUCGGGAGCCGACCGGAGGCCGGGGAAGGAUGGGAGGCUGCAGGCGGUGAUGUUGCUCUUCGCUCUCGGGGUCACAGCACAGGAUGGGUCCCAGACUCUACCCGUUCCUGCUGGGGCUCCUGCGCCCGGCGCUGCCCCUCAUCCUGGGCCUGUCCAUAGGCUGCAGCCUGAGCCUCCUGAGGGUCUCGUGGAUCCAGGAAGAAGAAGCCCCCUGUGCGGACAAUCUCCACGGACUACAGCCCGACGAGCGGGGCGCCCCCAUACAUGACCUGAAACCCCGAAUUAUUCCAUAUGGUCAUAAGCCACGCGCUCCACACAAGAAGGUGCUGAGGACCCGCUACAUCCAGUCAGAGCUUGGCUUCAGAGAGCGCCUCUCGGUGGUCGUCCUGUCUUCCCGCUCCACCCUGAACUCCCUCGCUGUGGCUGUGAAUCGGACUCUUUCGGCUCAUGUAAGCCGCCUAAUGUUUUUCACAGGGGCCCGAGGCCCUAAGGUGCCCUCAGGAAUGGAAGUGGUGUCCCAUGGAGAUGAGAGGCCGGUGUGGGUGAUGUAUCACAGCCUGCGGUACAUGGAGACCCACCUUCUGUCCACAUAUGACUGGUUCUACGUCGCCCAGGAUGACACCUUCACCAAUGGCUUCCACCUGCAGGACUUUGUCAGUCACCUGAGCCCAGGGCCCGCUGUCUACAUUGGCCGACCCAUGGAGUUCAUAGGAGGCCAGGAAGGUUGGAGGUACUGUCAUGGGGUCUCUGGAUAUCUUCUCUCCAGGGCCCUUCUCCUCAGCCUGGGGCCACAUUUGGAUUUCUGUCGCUCUGAUAUUUUGAGUUCCAGGCCAGAUGAAUGGUUGGGACGCUGCCUGCAGGACACACUGGGCAUUGCCUGUGUAGCAGAGUUUCAGGGCCUGCGGUUUGUUUCCUAUGAUCUUCCCAGAAAUGCAGACAUAGAGAAUUUGGAUGAGGCCUCGCUGGGCUCUGCGCUCUCGGUGUAUCCGGUCAGGGAGGCCACGUUGGUGUACAAGCUUCAGCGUAAGCUCAGCCAGAUAAGAAUGCGCUGGUCGUACCGCAGGAUCCAGCGGCUCCAGGGCGAGAUCCGGAAUCUUUCUUCCUUUACCCCAGAUGGCGGUGCUGGUCUCUUAUGGCCAAUUGGUGUGAAUCCACCCUUCACUCCAACUUCUCGUUUUGAUUUGUUGACUUGGGAAUAUUUCACAGAGAUGCACACGUUCUCCUGCCCGGAUGGUGCCCCCAAGUGUCUGCUGCAGGGUGUGUGGCUGCUGGACGUUCAGCAGGUCCUGGAGGAAGCACUGGACCAGCUCAAUCAGCGCUACCUUCCAUGGCUGCACUUCAGAAAGCGUCGGCUGCUCAAUGGGUACAGACGCUUUGAUCCCACAAGGGGGAUGGAAUACACAUUGGACCUUUUGCUGGAGGCCACCACUGAAAGAGGUCAUGUUGGGGUGAUAACCAAGCGCCUUAGCCUUUUGCGCCCUCUGAGUCUUGUGGAGAUUCUUCCCAUGCCGUAUGUGACAGAAGCCACGAGAGUCCAGCUAGUGUUACCUUUAAUGCCUUCUGACACCAGCCAUAUUGCAGGUUUUCUCGAUGCCUUUGCGACUAGUCUUCUCGACCCUCAGGAGAACGUGGCCCUCACAGUACUACUUGUAUAUGACGUGAGUUCAUCUGGGCAGGAGCAAGAUGUGUAUGAAGAGGUGCGCAGCAUGUUAGCAAAGCUGGAGAAGCGUUAUCCGUUCCUCCGCCUGGAGGUGUCCAGCGUCCGCACAGAGCUACCAUCUCAGGUGCGCCUCAUGGAGGUGGUGUCUAAGAAACACUCGGUGGACACGCUCUUCUUUCUUGCGAGUGUGUGGAGUGAGGUGACGACCGAGGCACUGAACCACUGCCGAAUGAACGCCAUCGGUGCUUGGCAGGUGUUUUCUCCUGUCCACUAUCAGGAGUACAGCCCGGAUGUUUCACGUCAAGGCUUCUCUGUCCCGCAGUCUGCGGAAUUCCUGCGCGAUGGACAUUUUGACCGCCUCUCUUCCUCGGAAUGCUGCUUCUAUAACUCGGACUUCAUGAGAGCUAGAAGCCGGAUGGCGGCAGAAGUUCAGGGGGAGGAGGAUGAGGACAAUGGUGACAUAGAGCUGCUGGAUCUCUUUCUGCGUCACUCGGAGCUCCAUGUCUUUAGGGCACUGGAGCCAGCGCUGGUGCAGAGAUUCUCACUGAAGAAGUGCAGCACCCACCUCUCCAGCGAGAGCUAUCACCGAUGCGUGCUCAGCAAUCUGGAGGCCCUGGGCUCCCGGGUUCACCUCGCUAUGGCUCUGUUUGACCAAGACCAGACUAACAGUACAUAAAACAUGAAAGACUACACGUGGCAGGCUCUCGUGGCACCAAUGGGUUAAUGAUAUUACUGUUGUUACCUGUAAAAUAAACCUUAUUUAUACUGUA